GUUGCUGGGUAUUCUACUGAACCAAGAUUUCUCCUUGGCAGCAUGGAUAGAGUGUCCACUAAUGGUCACAUUUCAGAGAAGAGGAAUAGAAAAUCCUUUCUAUUCAGCAGGGAUAUAAAUGAGCAAUUUAGUACUGAAGAUAAUGAAACACUUCAAGAAGCAGUGAGGACAGAUACACAAAAUAAGGAUGUACCAUGUGUGCAGCUUCUGGACUUCCUCCAGAGGAACAUCAUCAUUGCUGCUGCCUCGGUGGCGGGAAUCCUCGUGGUCACAGUGUUGUUGUUACUGGUGUUGACUGCAUACAUCAGUAGGAAAAAGCCAUUAUAUCCUCCAGCAAACAUGACAUAUAAUAUUUUUAUACUGAAUGGGAAGACUUGGUGGCAAAAGUAUCAAGAAAAGAACUCCAGAAAACAAAAGGGAAAACAGAAACAGUUGAAGUCCAAGUCCUGCGUCUAAGCCAGGUGGUGGGGCCACCAAACCAGGACUUAACGCUGCAAUGCCAGGCAGUUCUCAAUCCAAACACCGUGGAGAGGCGUUUGGAUUUCUGGCCAUGAGAUGUGCUCUGCAAAAUGUUUACCUUCUCAUCUCAAUUUUGAAUGGACCAAGAAACAAAUGUUCACCACAGGAUACUCACAGUGUGGUAUGGCACUAAUGGCUAGUGCACAUUUGCCCAAAGACAAACCCUUUCAAGCUAUGGAUGUAUUUAUUUAUUAAAGCAUUGAUUCUCUGAUUCAGCCAUUCGUUGAACAGAUAUUAAUUGAACACCAAAUACGUAGACAAUAUUAAAAUACACGAGGCAAGCAAAGAUAUUGGAAGCAGGCCCGGUCCUCUCCGGUUUCUGAGGACAGGGCAGGCAGCUGACUGAAGCUCUUCGGUAGUGGAUUGAGGCCUCUACACUCUGAUUGCUAACAGGGUCCAGGGGGGGAGAGGGGUUGCGGGGGCGGCGCCUGGUGUUGCAGGAGUGAGGCUGCCAGUGUAGCUCAGGCAACCUACGCUGGCAGGUGAGGUCAGGAGAG